CUCUCUCUCUCUUUCUCAUCCUCUCACUACACACUCGGCGGCUGUCGGGUUCAUUUUCGGGUAAAUUUCGAAAACCAACCCUCCCUCAUAUUAAUUUCGCAAAAUUAUAUUGACGCAUUUGACUCUAUUCGGAAUCAGAUCUGUCGAUUUGUCCUAGAUGUCGAUUGUGUUGUUUGUGGUACCUGCAAGAUUUUUGAAGAAAUGUUUCGGAUCUGAAUGGCCCUGGUGGGUUUAUGUUUAUACCACAGUUAUUUUUAUUGAUUUUUUUUCUCUCAUUGAAUCUGGAUCUAUCAUCUAUGUAUGUGCCAUGAAGUACGCGUAGAAACUUUAUGUUGAUCUCAAAAUCUAUUGACAAUGAAUUAGAGAAGACCCAAAUGUUAUUGGGUGAUCUCUCAUUUUAUACCCAAGCAACGUGGGACAACUACUCUGAACUGCACUUGCUAUGGUUUCUUUCUUGGAUAUGCUGUGGAGAAUGGACACCUUCUUAUUCACCUCCGAAUCUGUGAACGAGGGGCACCCGGAUAAGCUAUGUGAUCAGAUAUCCGAUGCAGUCCUUGAUGCCUGCCUCGAACAAGACCCAGACAGCAAAGUUGCCUGUGAGACUUGCACCAAGACCAACAUGGUCAUGGUUUUCGGCGAGAUCACGACCAAAGCCAAGGUAGACUACGAGAAGAUCGUGCGCGAUACCUGCCGCGAGAUUGGAUUCGUUUCAGACGACGUUGGUCUCGAUGCGGACAACUGCAAGGUCCUAGUUUACAUUGAGCAACAGAGCCCUGAUAUCGCGCAGGGUGUCCAUGGCCACCUCACCAAGCGCCCUGAGGAGAUUGGUGCGGGUGACCAAGGUCACAUGUUUGGCUAUGCCACCGAUGAAACUCCCGAGCUGAUGCCCCUCAGCCACGUCCUUGCAACUAAACUCGGAGCCCGCCUCACCGAAGUUCGCAAGAACGGGACUUGCCCGUGGUUGAGACCCGAUGGGAAAACCCAGGUCACAGUUGAGUAUUACAAUGAAAAUGGAGCCAUGGUUCCUAUCCGGGUCCAUACCGUUCUUAUCUCGACUCAGCACGAUGAAACCGUCACCAAUGAUGAGAUUGCUGCUGACCUCAAGGAGCAUGUGAUCAAGCCCAUCAUACCUGAGAAGUACCUCGACGAGAAGACCAUCUUCCACCUCAACCCAUCUGGCCGAUUCGUUAUUGGCGGACCCCAUGGUGACGCGGGUCUCACCGGUCGUAAAAUCAUCAUCGAUACCUAUGGUGGUUGGGGAGCCCACGGUGGCGGUGCCUUCUCUGGGAAGGACCCCACCAAGGUGGACCGAAGCGGGGCCUACAUUGUUAGGCAGGCUGCCAAAAGCAUUGUUGCCAGUGGGCUUGCUCGCCGGUGCAUUGUGCAGGUCUCGUAUGCCAUCGGCGUGCCUGAGCCGCUGUCGGUGUUUGUCGACACGUAUGGCACCGGAAAGAUCCCGGAUAAGGAGAUUCUCAAGAUUGUGAAGGGGAGUUUCGAUUUUAGGCCCGGAAUGAUUGCCAUCAACCUCGAUCUCAAGAGGGGUGGCAAUGGAAGGUUUUUGAAGACGGCUGCGUACGGGCAUUUCGGAAGAGAUGAUACUGAUUUCACAUGGGAGGUGGUGAAGCCCCUCAAGUGGGAGAAUCCCCAGGCCUAAGUAUCUGCAACUUAAAUAUGCUUGUGGGGAUGACCAUUUUUUAUCUGCAUGUUUAUUUAAUGUUGCUUUAAGCCAAGAAUUUGCCAUAGUAUUUGCUUGUGAUCGUGUCUUGUUUUAGUUCUUCUAGUGAUUUCUUCUUUGUAUUGCAAAUCAUGAAAAAAUAGAUGUGUGAGAGGGGGUCAGCUGCAGAGCAGCAUCAUUGUAUUUGAUGAUUUAUUUCCCUACAGUAUUUAUUAGAUGGGAAAAUUUUAAAAA